AUGAGCUGAUGUUGUGAAACCAUAGCUAGCCUGAUAGCUGGCUAGCUAUCGGACUUGAAUUAAUGGAUAUUAGCCCCAUUACACGUGAAAUAUCAAUGCCAAGUCUUUCUUUUUGAUGUGUAAAAAGUGAAGGGAUCCACUGCGCUGUCAGUGGUCAUGCCUCCCUCUCCCCUCGCUCUCCUGCCACUCCUCGUUGCCUGCGCCCACUGUCUCCCGGAGGACAGCCACAGUAACAGCAGCAGCCGUCACCAUGACUACUGCGUGCUCGGGGCAGGACCGGCAGGGUUACAGAUGGGAUACUUCCUGUCGAAGAGCCAGAGGGAUUAUAUAAUACUGGAGAGGAAUUCAGGACCAGGAAGCUUUUUCAACAUUUACCCUCGACACAGAAAGCUCAUCAGCAUCAACAAAAUAUACACCGGGAGGCGGAACCAGGAGUUCAACCUGCGACACGACUGGAACUCUCUCCUCAGUGACAGGCCGGACCUGCUGCUUCAGCGAAUCAGCACGCAGCUCUACCCCGAUGCUGACUCCCUCCCCCGUUACCUCGAACUAUAUGCUAAGGAGCUGGGCUUGAAGAUCAAGUACGGGGUGGAUGUUGGAAGUGUCCGGGCCACGGAAUCAAGGAGCGCAUUGGGGCGGAAAUACAUGCUGACUGAUCAGCAUGGGGUGGAGUAUAGCUGCAGAGUCCUCUUGGUCUCCACGGGUCUCUGGGUUCCGCAGCAGGUCCACUUCCCUGGUUCUGAGCUAGUUGAGGGCUAUGAGUCGGUGCCUGUGGAUCCCGAACAGUACCGCGACCAGGCAGUUCUGAUUCUGGGCAAAGGGAACUCUGCCUUCGAAACGGCCCAGAACAUCCUGGGUAGGGCGAGCCGAGUGCACCUGUACAGCCAGAACCCAGUCCGGCUGGCGUGGCAGACGCACUAUGUGGGAGACCUCAGGGCAGUCAACAAUGAGUUACUGGACACUUACCAGCUGAAAUCCUUGGAUGGCCUGGUGGAGGGAGGACUCGAGGAAAUCGCUAUUGUCAAAGGUGGAGGCGUCGACAGAAAACGCUUGGGCAGGAAGAGGAAGGGUGGAGCCACAGGCGGGAAAGAGCAGGGCCAGCUAUACCUGACCUUAGCCGAGCUCCUGGACAACCCCAAGGGCAACAAGAGCUCGGAGGUCACCGCGGCGACGCUGCCCGCUUACCACAACGACAACUUCCCGCUCCGGCAGCCCUACGACCGCGUCAUCCGCUGCCUCGGCUUCCGCUUCAACUUCUCCAUCUUUGACAGCUCUGCCAGACCGCCACCCAGUGGCGGAGCCAGGGGGCGGUUACCAGGGGUGACUGCAUGGUACGAGGGCCUGGGCACCCCGGGGCUGUUUGUACUGGGGACCGCCGCCCACUCGCGAGACUACCGUGUGUCCGCAGGGGGAUUCAUUCAUGGAUUCCGCUACACAGUACGUGCUGUUCAUCGAGUCCUGGAGCAGCGUUACCACGGCAAGGCUUGGCCGGCGACAACCAUCUCGACCAGCCAGCUGCUGCCCUGGUUGUUGAGGCGGGUCAAUGAGGCCUCUGGGCCGUACCAAAUGUUUGGAGUCUUGGGGGACAUUGUACUGCUGCGAGGCUCCCACUGCGAGUACCUUGAGGAGUUCCCCAUCCAAGCCCUCCCCAAAUUCUCCACCCUGUCAGGCCACCAGGUCACCAAGCUGGGCCUGAUGGUCCUGGUCAUGCAGUACGGGCUGAACCACACCGAUACGCUGGGGUCUGGGAGGGCGCAGUCUGAGUGGACCCGCGCGUGGAAGUCCAACUUCCUGCAUCCGGUCCUGUACUACUACAGCAGUCUGCCCACCGAGCGGGAGAUGAGACACCGCCCAGCGGGGUGGCCACUACCCCGCCCCAAGGCCGUGCAUCACAUGAUCGAGGACUUCCUGACCGAGUGGGACGCGCCCAUAUCUCACAGCCAACCGCUGCGCCGCUUUCUGGAGCACUGCCUCCAAACUGACCUCAGGAGCUUCUAUGCAGAAUCCUGCUUCCGUUUCUCUCUAACCAGUAAGAAGCCACCCCUCUUUUGUCGCCAGGGUUACCUGAAGAAACAAGGGCUUGUAGGCAAUAGUCAGCUGUGGCAACAUGCACGGGAAGCAGGGCUUAUGUCUGCCAGUCAUAACACCUGGACUCCUCAGGAGGGUGCAUCCCUCCCUGAUCACAUGGCUCAUGCUGGGGCUUCCAUGGCCUCCAGAAUGAACUUUGACCUUUGAUUUUAAACAUCGGUGUGGCAUUUGAGGGCAUCAUGUCAAACCGAAAGUCUGCAAGUUUACUGCUCCUGACACUUUUCAGACUAGGCACCAAUUUGCUGUGCCUAUCAUACCAGCUGAUCCCCCUCUUACCUUAAAGAUCAGUCUGCAUGACUCCCUCAAAGACGACCAGGAUGCUCCGAUGCUGUGCAGAUUUGCUACUCCCUAUAUCACCAGGAUCACCCGUUCCAUUUAUUGCCCUCUGUGUCUUAGCCAAUCCACAAGCAAGGAAGAUCAGCAAACUUGCACAGAGUCAGUGCAGCAUGGCCCCCCAAGACUCAACCUUUGGUACCAAAGACUGCAUCUGCUUUUGUGAUGGGACCACAGCAGGACUAGGGGCGCGUCUAUCAGAUUAAUGUUGGUCUUCUAAUGGGAUUUUGUGAUAGAUGCCCUCGUCAGGCUGCUGAAACAGUUGAAGCUCCUUCCCUCAGCUUGCCCUUAUGAUUGCUCAGAUCUUUCUACCUCUCUCUGUGAUCACCAUUCAAGGGGCCAAAUGUUUAGUUCUAAGAGUUCCAUUGUUGGACCAUUCUCUGUUCACAUCAUUUCAUUUUUUCCACUAAAUUCACCAAGCUGCUCUCUGUUGAGUUCCUCUGCAGUUUUUAAAAAACAAAAGUGUGGAUGCAAAAGUAGAGAUGUAUAUAUUGA